AUGGACUCAGUGUCAACAAAGCCGGAAGCCACGGAUGAAGACCAAUCCUCAAUAACCCCAUCAACCUCUCGAAGGCGUCGCAGUCGCGCACCUUCUUCUGCCCCAAAAAGCACUCCAAAGCGUCCACGAACCACUCCAUCUACAAAAUCGCCACGCGGUGGAAAGGGUGGCAGGAGUCGUGGAGGUACUGCUCGAACGAAAGCCGCGAAAUCCGCCGUUGGUGCUGAUGAAGCUGAUGCCACAGAAGACUUCACAGCUCUGGCUGCUAGCGCUCUAGACUAUGCGGAAGACUCCUCCUCGCAGGAAGACGAUGAAAAUGACGACGAUGAUGACGAUGGUGGCAGUGACUACGUCCCCGACGCUGCUGAGGCCGAUCACAAUGAAGAAGACGAGUUUGAGGAAAUGGAUGUGGACGUCUCGAGGACUCCUCGUAGGCGUCGUGGUCGGAGGUCAAACGCUGCCACUUCAAGCGUACAAAACCACGAUGAUGAUUUCGAUAUCAGUGAUUAUGAAGAUGAUGACGAUGGGAUGCAGGAGAGUCGCGUCAGUCUAAUGAAUGAGGUGUCUGCAAUGCAGGACUCAAAUAGACACGAUGAACCCCUGGGACUCUUCUCCGACAUGGUUGCUGCAUCUGGGUUGGUUGGUAAUUCUACUGGUGGCAACGAUGAUAAAGACAUCUACGACUUUGAUGCGCAGAGUAUGGCCUCGGAUAAGCGUUUUCGCAAGAUGCGACAAUCGGCCGCGGCUAGACAGAAUCGCAAAUCUGGUGGCGGUGGUGGUGGAGGAGGCGCUUCCCGUUCCCGACCUGCUAAUCGACCUGCCACUCAAGUGGGUGCCAGUUGGGGUUCGAAUAUUUACAGUGCCCUAGCAACUUCUCUCAAAACCCGUGGUGAUCUUGACGCCUACACGAACUUUUUGAAGUGCCCAUAUCUAAACAGUUGCAUGGAUUCUAUGUUUGUUGACAUGUGCCGACCCAGUAAUCAGCACAUGGGCCUAUUCUUCGGUCCCUCUGCAAGUUUGCAAAGCCUCAUGGGUCGUGUUAAUGAUCCAGACAAGGUGGUUGAGCUUUUGCAUGCAUUUAUGUCUAAGUCAUACGAUACCUUGGCGAAUAGAAUUCUGUGGUUUGCACCCAUCAUUCACCAGCAACCGGUUCCACUCUCAAACAUGUGCGCCUUUGCGGACAGACUUACCACUUUGUCUAGGAGUCUAGACCCCGAUAUGACAAUUGAGCCGGCGUAUAUUCUCGAAGGUGAUCUCAACGUUCUUGUUCAAACUGGUGCGCCUUUUACUGAUCUUGAAGUUUCAUUGAUCCAGCAAACCGCUAUAAAUAGUGCCGGUCACAUGGGUCGCUUUAUGACAGAUGUGCAUCAAAUUAUCCUCUCCAACGACUUUUGGGAUCAGUUGAAUGACCUUGUCGCUCUACCUUAUGAGAAGAUUAUUAGCUACGCGGAGAGAGGUAACGCAACCGCUGAAGGUGAUGCCUCAGUGAAUCUUGAAGCCAUUGAGCCACCAUGCCUCCACCGCAUCAUCGCAGCUGUAAACAGUGAGAAUAAAUUGUUGGGAAUAGCCCUCACUGACACCUGGGAUCUUAAUAAGGUUCCACUGUCUCGAAAACGCCGAAGCCUGAACUUCGAGAACCUCCAAAGGGGUCCUCUUCAACUCACCAAGACUGAUCGGUCAUCUUCUGUCACUGAAGAACUUCCCAUUGAACUGGACACCUAUGGGGUGUUGGAACAGAUUUUAGAUGAUGUUGCUGUUUUGAGAACUCUUGAAGACGAGUCGGCUGAGGCCACGACCAUUCGCACUUCGCCUCAAAUAGGUCGCAUUCACUUGAUGGACUGUUUCCUGCUCAAACCCAAUAGUCGGAAGGAUGCUCUUAUCUUAGUCUGUUACGAGGCUAGUGCUAGCCCACCUAUGCCGAAUCCCAGUCCACCCGGUUCUAGCCCAUUCAAGGUAUACUCCCUCGUUAGUGAGGAGAAUUUCUUCUUUUCUCGGUUCGGCAUCACAUCCGAUUCCCCAGCUCUCAUGGACGGUAUGUUCACCGCUGACCCUGAAGCCCUGAUUGAACGUAAAGCUGUGGCUGUUCUGCCUGAUUUAGUGUUCAACAAUCUUCGUUCCAUUGCUCUUCGUGAAGUAGUCGCUUCAAGCGGUACCGCGAUUGUGAAUGCGGUGCUUACAAACAUAAGCACCGAUGCAGAGACACCAAGCAUCUAUCGCUGCUCCAAAUUCAUCCUCGUCGAUAGCCAACGUCGCGUUCCACUGGCGAUCGUUUUUGAGGUCCCUAUCCGUCUCUCCUGGAUAAUCGAUGCUAACGAAUGUUCUGUUCGACCUCUCGACACCUCUGCUCUCAACACCGAGUUUACCUCCGUCACUGCAGACACUCUGUCUGCCGUGGAGGGCAAAUUCUCUCCCAACAUUACAGAGUGUCGUCUCGUAGUUAUUAACGGGCUGCUCUACUCUCUCCAGGUGGAUGAGAAUCGAGUUCUUCAGCGAAUUGUAGAGUUAAUUCCAGCUGGAUAUGGCAAUCCGACUGGUCAUCCAGAUCAUGCUGCCUUGGCGCCCCAAGCCGUCACUGGAGAUGCUCGAGCCUCCUCUGCCUUCCUCCGCAUUUUCAAUGAAGAAAGCUCGACCUCUUCCGUCUUUCCGAUGAUCUACCUUCCACACUUCGGCCAACAGACACUUGUGAACCAGGUGGCCGGCUUCUGUGAUGAGUUGGUGGACCACAUAUACACCAGUCCUGUUUCCUUCUCUCUCUACGACGUUGUCUUCCGCAUGGCCAUCAAGCACACACCUAAAAUGCUGGCCAGACAGCAUCGUGAGGCUGCUGAGGCAGCGGCGGCAGCGUCGGCCGAAGCGAAUCCCAACGACCCGCCUCCUCCACCCGUUCCUAUGCCUGAGCAUUGGGGCGUGUGUUCAAUCUGCUCGAAGGAAUUACACUCCGUUAGCGGUUUGUUGGAACACGAGCUUCGGCAUAUUGGAUUGACUAAGUUCCGUUGUCCAGAACACGCUAGGUGUUUCAUGGAUAGAAGGGCUCUGCUCAACCACAUGCAGGAGCACACCGACAGUUCAUUGAAGCCCGAUGACGAGGGUGGUGGUGAAGACGGGGGUGCUAAUGACGUCGCAAUAGGUGAAGAAGACAUUAAGUUUUUCCCCGGUUUAACUAACGUCUUUGCCAGGAGCUCCCUUCUCUCUUGUCGUAUGGAGUCGCCUCAGUGUGAGGGAUGUCGUGACUACUUCCCAACUGCUGACGUGAUGGCGCAGCAUCUGGAAAUUUGUGAUGGCAUCUCCUUCAGUACCCGCAGCCCUCUUGAACAGGCACCUGGUAUCACUUUAGGCAACGCUAGCGACAGAUCCGUCUGUGGUAUCUGCGGUCAGGCAGUGGAUGAAAUCAAGCAACAUUUCACUGAUGUUCAUCUCACCUGUCUCCUGUGUCGUGCUCAGUUGCAUACCAUCGAAGAACUCUCCUACCACUACAAAGUCCAUGUGGAAGACAACGCCUCCGAGGAUUCGGGUAGGCUGAGUGAAGUCUCUACCUGUGAGACGUGUCUCAACUUCUACAGCUCUAAACACAACUAUUACUUUCACCAGUGGGCAGAACACGGGGUUAUUUUCAAACAGGAUCCCACCACUGGUAUGCUAGGUCCGGUCCAAGUUAGAGAACCUCGUAUCCGAGCUUGUGACGAAGAAGCUCUGACAACCAAGUUAAAGUGCAAGUUCUGCCAAUUUGUCUGCCCCUGUUCAGGUAAGCAGUACGUGGAUCACCUUCAGUCCGCGCACGAUAUCACCUCUGAUGUGGCCCUCGUGUGCCGUUUCUGUGCGGAAAUAUUUGGGAAUCUGGACGAGCUUUCCAAUCACCUUCAAGCGAAUCAUGCUCCACUCUCCGAGUACAACAAUGCUGGGCCGCAGACAGUCUACCGAUGCGAUAUGUGCACUGAGACACCCUUUUUUGCGUUCCAUAAAGGAAUGCUGGAUCACGCUCGGGAGGUCCAUAACAACCUCACACCCAACAUGUACGAGUGUCCACACUGUCGGGAGAGGUUUUCUGAUCGUCGUGCACAUCGAUUGCAUGUGGAGAAACACGCUGAGGGAGUGCUUCAUCCCUGCACGGAGUGUGGGAAGGAAUUUCGUUCAAAACAGGCUCUGAUGCAUCACAUCCAGAUGCGCCAUGACACCUCGGAAUGGGAGCAGGGACCCGCCACUUGUGAACACUGCGGGAUCACUUACCCCAAACGCUCUGCGCUCAAGUAUCACAUUGCUCGAAUGCAUAAUCUCCAGCGCUUCCGCAUCGAGACGUACCUGCGACGUCAUAUGAAGGAGACGCACAGUGGACCCAUCAAGUGUGAAAUUUGCCAGAAGCAGUGCGCCAACCUGCGUUGCUACUCGCAACAUCGGCAGAAGCACUUCAGGGAUAAGAUCUUCCAAUGCACUGAAUGUUCGGUCUCCUUUAAGAGCAAGACCGCCAUGCGUCGACAUGUUCGAGUGGAGCAUAUGCAGCUGGGUCCGGAGAAGUUUGAAUGUCAAAUCUGCGGCAAGAUUGUCACACAAAUCGGAAUGCACAUGCUGACGCAUAAGGACGCGCGUUUCAAGUGCAUCUACUGCGACAAGCAGUUCACCAAGUCGGUAUACUACAACGAACAUGUGCGCAUUCACUUGGGCCAGCUGCCCUUCGAGUGCCAUAUCUGCGGGCGUCGAUUCAACAAGAAGUCCAAUCUCAAUGUACACCUCAAGUUCCACGAGAAGCAUCGCGAUGAGGAUGGCAACGUAAGUUGGGGAGAUUGGGCAUUAAAGUCUCCUGAACUUAUGCGUGGAACUCUUGAUUCUACCAACCCUGUUCUUGACCUUGCAGUACCUGCAACUGAAGGCGCGCGGUCGUGUGAGCAUUAUGUUUGGCGAUGCGAGUCUGACACCGGAGGAGCGGGCGGCGAAGAACGCGGCGCUGAAGAACAAAUCAAACAAGCCGACGCAAACUGUGGCGAAAUUGUGAAAUUUGGACGGCAGGCUCUAAUUGAAUAG